UUCUUUUUUCUUCGUUAGUUAACGCGUUGCUUCGUUCCGCUGUGGAUAUCCUUCGUUGUGAUGUAUAUCACUUAGAAUUGCAAUCACAAACGUCGCUGUUAGUAACGUGUACGUGCCCUCAUUGGAUAAAUAACCAUAGUGACAUCGACUAUCUAGAACCUCAUCCACGAAUGAUAUACGGGUGACUAUUAUCAGAGCUUCCCUGCCGCCCGUGCACCGUUCAGCAUCGGCACCACGUAAACCUUUACCUAAUAGUUUACAAAGUGUCGCUAAACAUUUAAUCCGUUGUCAUCGUCGACUUGGCAAGUUUAUAUCAGCGAGAGCUGCCUUUAUUCAUCGCUAUCUACUCUAGCGUCUGUAUCGCUAGCGUGACGACGCCUGGCUCUAAGCGUGACUCGCGGUAUAACACCAACACCAUUAACACACUCAUUCGUGGGACCAAAUAAUUCGAUUUUCCCGGGGUAAAGAACUCGGAACUCCGUUUCGAUAUAACGCGGCGUCCCUGCGAACAGUGGACGAUCACUGUCGAUUACCGUGAACGUGAUUUGUGUUUACGUUUGUGUGAGGUUAGUUAGUGCUGUUGUUAUCGUAGUCGGAUAUUUUGUCGGCAACGCACAGUAAACACGUCUCAGUUGACGCGCGUUACUUGCUGAGCCAUUAAUAACAAAAACACAGAAAAUGUGGGCACAAAGUGAUCGCUACUCGAACAAUUCACCGCUUUAUCGCACAGACAGCGAUGAGCUACGCGUCGAAAUGAAGAACUCACGUGCCAUCGCCGUCUUGUGGGGCGUAUUCAGCAUUUGUUUCUGCAUUAUAGACUGCGUUGUCUUCUUCCAGCCCCAUUGGCUAGGCGACACCAAGGAUUCGCCUGGUACGGGAUAUUUCGGCCUAUGGAAGUACUGUCAGUUGAUUCAGGAUGGCCAGGGUAUAACUUGCGCGGGGACGUUGUCGGACUUCACACAGAUUCCAUCGAUGGCGUUCCGUAUGGCCACGGUCCUGGUUGGUUUGUCGGUGGCCUUGAGUAUUGUCUCCAUUGUCACUAUGCCUAUGUUUUGCUUCGUUAAUACGUCAACCACCUUCCACAUCUGUGGAUGGCUCCAGGCUUUGUCAGGAAUGACUCUCCUCGGCGGAUGUUUGAUCUACCCGAUCGGUUGGAAUAUUUCGAUUGUGCAAGAUGUAUGUGGACCUCUCGCUGGAGAGUAUUCUCAGGGCAACUGUGCCGUCAGGUGGGCGUUCGUGUUGGCGGGCAUUGGAGUGGCGGAUUCUGUCGUGCUCUCCAUCCUUGCUUUUGUCCUGGGCAGCUACUAUGUUAGGAUGCUGCCUAAAAACUACCUCAACUCGAAGGUUCCCAGCGAAAAAAUGAGCCGGUCCGGUUCCGUUGUUCCUGAGGGUUACGCACCGUCCCAUUACUCACACGGCUAUGGCUUUUAGAUAUCCGAUCUGCGGUUAUAAAU